AUGGUUGCUUACUUAAAUCUUUGUUUCCGUGCAUUGGACGAACUAGGCCAGUCGUUUGAGAAUGCCAAACGGACCCGUGACUUCCUGGUUAGUCUACAACGAAGGUGGCAGGCCCAUAUGCGCAGGUCAGGCUCCGCUUUGAAGCGCCAAAUAAGCAAUCGGCCAUCAUCGCAACAUCUAGUAGGCCUCAGCUCGGACGCAGAUGCUUCCAGGAAGAAGACACGAAUCACUGCCCCGAGAAACCAGAUCAACUAUCCAGUCUCAGCGACUGCGGCGUCACAGGCUACUACCGCCGUUCCUAACCAACCGCAAUCGCAACCGCAACCCUCUGGGCAACAUCCCCUCGACGCGACUCAGCAUAUUGGGGUGCCUGGGGAAUUCGACUGGAUUCGCAACUCUGACCUGCAGCUGCUUUCAGGAAAUUUUGGUGACAGUAGUUUCUCCCAAUUUGGUAACGUCAAUACGUUCGGGGAAGACCCUGCAUUGCCCAGUCUUUCUGAUAUUGAGCCCUGGUGGGAUACUCCAAAUGGGAACACCUUUGGGGGAUCUUCUUUAUAG